AUGUUUGAUCAAAUUUUAUUUUAGGAAACAAGGGCUCCUACUUACCAAUAUGAGAUCAAGGAGUAGAGCAAGCUCGGGCAAUUAUUGUAUCGCGAAUUUAACCAAGGUUAUAAAUUGUACUUGGAUGAGUUCUAAAUAAAUGAUGUUACGAAUACUUUUGAGGAAUUCAUUAAGGUGAAUGUGGAUAAUCAAAUAUUGGGGGUCAAGGAAAUAAAAUAGCAUUUUCAGACCUUAACCAUAUCGAAACAGAAUGCAAAUAAGAAGCAAUAAACAUUGGUUUUGAGAUCCAAUUAUGGGUUGAAGAUUGAGAGUCAGGAUUAAUAUAUAAGUGGGACAGUGUUUGACUUUUAGGAGUGGAGUUGCAUAGUGGUGAUGAUGAUCACUCCUGAAUUGAAUUACGAGUAUGUGACUCAUUUUCAUUCUACGGAUAAGCAAUACUAUUCCUUCUAAUUUGAAAUAGGUUAGUCAAAUAAGUAUAUCAUUUUCAACCUAAACAAAUGCCAUAUUUGUUUUUAUAAUGAAAAUCUUAUCAAAUAUGAAAAAGUGAAAUGUUUAUAAUAUUUAGAAUAUAUUAUUUAAUAAAUACAUUAUACAAAUUAUUCUUCAUUUCAUAGAAUUGAAUUUUAGAAUACGCUAAACAAGUAGUAAUUUAUGGACUAGUUUUUAUUGAAAUCCGAUGUGAUCAAGUGGAUUGCCCAGGAUUUUGAGUACGAAGACAAUCAGAACUAUUAGUUAUUCAAGCAGAUAAGAUACAAGGAGGAUAUAGCUUAUAAGGUCCCUGAGAUCUUCAUAGCUUUAGGGAGGUUGUCAAAGUUGAAGUAUCUUUACAUACAUAAUUAAUCAAUUGUGGGGGAAUGUUUGUUUGGCCAAAUAGAAUUUGGUGAUGAGAUAUUAUUUAUUGACAUUUCGCCUAGUCAGCAUUUCAUCCAUUUUUACGAAUGUGAGGCAGAGCCAGUCUUCAAAUUGCAAUCCUCAAUAUGGAGAUACAGGAAACCAUUCAGCGAUUAUAAGAUAGAAUUAUUGCAGAAGGAUAAAAAGAAGCUUAUAAAUAAGAUAAAGUUGAAAGGUAAGGCUGUUAAGGGAAGAUACAUCUAUGCGAAGAAAUAUUCUCUGUAUGUGAUAUUUCAUGGGAAGAUGAGAAUUGUGCAGAGUGAAAACAUAAUGAUAAAUAGGGUGAUAGGGGAAUAUUCGUAGAAGGAUGAAAUUGAAUUCGAGAGUGAGGAUGGACAAUAUUAAGCAUAUAAGUACAAAUUUAAAUUUUUUGAAUGA